UAACUAUCUUUGUAGUGGGUUAAACUGUCUACUUCUAGUUUCAGUUUUAAAGAUGAUCCUAAUCUGUGGCUUAUGUUAUUUCUAAUUGUUGUUUAUUGCUUUCCUGAACAAAUUCCUUUUCAUUCAUACUACUCUGAAUGUCCCCUUAAUACACAAAAUACCUUUUGGUGAAAUGUAAUGGGCUACAAUUCUAUCUGAUAAAUAAAAACAAACUAAGUUAACCGAAGCUAACGAGCGUUAACCCCAUACUCUAAGUUGAUUAUGACUGAUUAACUGGGUAUGGCACAAUAAUGAAUCGAAUCCAUGUUAGCUAAGAUACUGGGUUCAAAUCUCGAAAUGGAUAUCAACUCUGGGAUGCAGACAGAUCCAGAUGACAAGUACCAAAUAAAACGAAACGCGAGUCUUGGAUUUUGUUGCUAACCAUAUUCCACCUAUUUUUCUUAAAGUGAGCUACAUAUAUAGUAAAUUAAUUUGUCAUAUUCUUCGUUGUCACCAACUCUCUUUAGCCCCUAUUCUUCUCUCUUUGUUCUCAUUUCUUUCAUUUCGAUACAUACAAGUGAACACUUAUACAUCAAUUAUUUUCUUUGCAAAACAAAACAGCUCAGAUUACUUUAAAAAAAGGUCUCUUCCUUAUCGAUUGUCUACACUGAAUGGAUCGUUAUUUUCACUUAAAUGAGAAAAGAGGAAACAAUGUGAGGAAGUGUAAAAGUUGUCACUAUUCGUUGAAUGAUUGGUUUGAAAUUUUUUUUAAUUAUCUUAUUAUAAAUACUCUUAUAAGUCUAACCGACAGUGUAGCAUACACAUUAUAUCAAUCUAUAUGUAUAAAUAUAAAAUGGCAGAAACCAUGCAUUAAAUACUUGAUUUGCAAAUCAUCCAUCAAUUAUCUCAAGUUUCAUCGUUCCUUCAUUGCUAUUACAAUUACUCUGUUCACGUUCUCGUUCUCUUCAAUUCCAUCUUCCAAACCUUCUGUUGCCAAGCUUUCUACUUCUCAGUGGUAUUAUGUACCACUUAUGUUUGCAGCAUACAAUUUGUGAUGGUAUGGGUUACCUUUUCGUUAAUAUUAAAACUUAAAUAUCAACAACGGGACAAUUCAUACCACCACAAAUUCAAUAAACAUUCAUAUACACUACACAAGUCAGUGACUAUUUGGACUAAGUAGCUAAAGGAAUAACAUAUUGAGGCUGGAAGUGAAAGGCACUUAAUCUGAAUUGUGGAACAGAUAUCAACUCUGAAAUCUAAGAGCAUCUUAUUAACAAGUCCUAAAUAGGACAAAAUGUAAGCCCUGAAAAAAUCCGAAAACUACUUUCUUUA